UAGUCCUUUGCCUUUCCCUAUUGGGGAUAAAUUUUAAAACAACAACGAUUUUGAGGUUAUUAAAACGUUGUAGUAUCUUUGGUUGUAGUGUUUUCUAUUGAUAUUGGGUAGUUUUACAAAUUUAUAAUCAUGCCUAAAUUAGAAGACAAACCUCGAGUUUUCUUGGAAGAAUUUCGUAUAAAGAAUGGACCUGAUGAUUAUGGAAUGGCAGAUGAAAAAUGGAAUUUUAAGAAGUUUACUAAAAAGUUUCGCAUAGUUAUUGUCCGUAUGGAUAAUUCGGAAAUGGAGUUUGAUUUAAUUGGUAUUCAGCCUGCCUUUGCAAAUGCAUUUCGUAGACUCAUGCUGAGUGAAGUACCAAGCAUAGCAAUCGAAAAAGUUAUGAUUAAGAACAACACAUCAAUUAUACAAGACGAAGUUCUAGCCCAUAGAUUAGGAUUAAUUCCUCUUAAAGCAGAUCCCAAUCUUUUCGAAUUCCGACAACAAGAUGCAACAGAAGGAUCAGAAUUUGAUACUUUGGAGUUUUCCUUAAAAAUCAAAUGUACAGCAAAUAAAUCGCAGCCUAAAGAUUCAUUUAGAAUGGAAGAUUUGUAUGAAAACCAUAGCGUUUAUUCUUCGGCAAUUAAGUGGCAUCCAAUAGGCAACCAAGCAUCUAUAUUUAAAGAAGCUGAUGUUGGUCCUGUACAUAGUGACAUACUUAUAUCGAAAAUGAGAUCAGGCCACGAAUUGGAUCUCCACUUAGUAGCAGUUAAAGGCAUAGGCAAAGACCAUGCGAAAUUUUCACCUGUUGCAACUGCUUCAUACAGAUUGUUGCCAGAGGUAAGGUUAGCACGCGAAGUUAGAGGUAGUGACGCAAGUUUAUUGCAAAGUUGUUUUUCUCCGGGAGUGAUAGGACUUGACUCUGACGGGAAAGCCUAUGUGAGAGAUGCGAGAUAUGACAGUUGUAGCAGAAAUAUAUACCGUUAUGAUUCAAUAAAAGAUGCUGUUAUAAUAAGCAGGAUAAAAGAUCACUUUAUAUUUAAUGUGGAAUCCGUUGGAGCAAUGCCACCAAAUGUUAUAUUUGUUGAAGCAGUCAAAAUAUUAAGAGAUAAAUGUCAAAACUUAUUAGAUGAAUUAAAUAAUUUAUAAGAAA